AUGCUGGGCUACCGCAAGGAUUUCGGGUACUCUGGUAUGUCUGAACCCGACCAGUUGAUCAACAUGGUGCAGUUGAUCAUCACCAAUGGGUUCUUCGGAUCUCAUGAGAUGUUUCGAUCCAAUCCAGACCUCGGUGGCGUGGAAAAGUUGACCAUUUGUGACCCGGGUGCUUCGCAAAUGUUGGAUGCCCCGUAUGUGGCGAUGAAGCCGCUUCACCCAGACCGUCCUAGUCUCGGUGGUGAGCUUCCUCCGUUUUCCAUCGGUUUCGUCAAGGGAUGGAAACGUGCAAUGUCCUUGCUCACAAUUUGUGCUGGUGCCAAGAUUCUUGGGAUGACGGCUGGGGACCUGCCCGAGUAUCGGCAAGGACGGUGUACUGUACUGCGCCGGCCUUUGGGUCACUCCGUGGAGUGCUUGGCGAAAGCCGGGUAUGGGGGUGCCACGUCCCAAUUCGAAGAUUGGUCCAACAGCACUGCCGUCUGCAGGGCGUUCAACAUUGGAAAGUGGGAGGGGGCCGCGGUCUCUGCUCUUCAGUCCAGCAUUGAAAAGCCGGUGGUUGCAAUGCUGAAGGAUUUCGUCGCCAAGAGGGGCAUGAAGGGUUUUCUCUCGCACGAAGUGCUGGGGCGUGGGAUCUUCAGCACCGGCUGGACCAGUGGCAGUGGUCCGACGGAAUCCUGGAAUGUAGUGAUGACCAACACUGAUGAUGGGGCUUUGGUGAAGCUGCUCCUGGAGCGGUAUUGUCGUGAUUGGGAUGGCCUUUCGGACCAAAUGAAGUGGAGCUUCACCUUCAAGGAGGUAUCGCUGCUCCACCAGCAUUGCGCUAUGUUUCUCCAUUUUCUCGGCAUCCUGGAAAGUACUUUGCCGCGUGCGCAAUUCCCUGCUGCGCGCGAGAGGUCGAUGAGCGUUUUCAUUCUUGGCGGAAUGGAUGCCGAACUGAAGCUCCAGUCAGAGAAAGCGGUCCCGCCAGGUGACUUGCGCGGUGUUGGUGCGUUCAGGAACUUGGUUGUCACCCAUGAAUCUUCGCAGGCACUAGAACAAGAAGAGAAAGCGCAAGAACUUGCCCAGAAGGUGGCCCGAGCCACGUUGGAUCAACUCAAGGGGCAGCUUGAAAGUGAUUUGGUGCGAAUCCGGAGCCAGCUUCCCACCAAGGAGAGUCGAACUCGGGAGACUGCGCUCGAUGUGAAAUAUUUGAAGGAGAGGCAGUACGCAGAGUUCAGCAAGGCAGUUGUCGACAUGGCAUUGGAGCCGCGUCAGGCUGGCCUACCAGAAGUCAUCUACUAUGGCAUUUUCAGAGAGGAUCCAGAGAGCAAACCUGGAGCACCUGCGAUUCACAAGAAGGUGCAGGGCGAAAUCGAAGCCAAAGUCUUUCAACAUUGGGAUGCCUUGUCGACCUCACCGGCGAAGACAAGGCCAAAGCCGCAGACCAACCGGUGUGUGGAAGGCUUGUCAUUGCUCAGCUCCACCGACCAGGGCCCUGUCUGGCCAGGGAGUUUGGAUUCCAAGUUCAAUGCAGAGUCAGCCGAAGGCAAGGAGCUGCUGGCGCUGAAGCAGGCUUUCCUUGCCGAAUUUCCUCCCUCUGAGGCAGCCCGUGGCCAAGGAAACCGGACCACGCCAGCUCAAGUGCGAGCCACUGGCCAACCAGACUUUUCAGUGGAGGGCGGGCAGGAACCUCUUGACGUGAGCCGCCUGGUUGAUCUCUUGGUCGAAGCAGCCCCUCCUCCCGCAGACAGGAUUGCUUGCGUCGUCGGACGAGGAGCCCGCCCCUCGGUGCUCAUUGACAAGCACUACCGCAUCUGGCUUGGAAAUCCGAAUGCGGAUGGUGAAUGCACUUACUCAGGAGAGUUAUUCGGUUUCAAUACUGGCAGCUUCGAAUUUAAAGUGGUGAGGCAGCACAACAAGCGUGAUGUAUCUGGAGUGGCGUGGAGGGUGGUGUCCGACAUGGACCUUAUCGUCGUGGACAAGGUUGCCACCCCCUUGUGCCGCUACCUCCACUCUUGUGCCGUGAAUCACGGCUUGGGUGAAGUGUCCAUCUUGGAACAUGUGGUUGAGCCCAAGCUCCAUGCAGCGGUUGAAGGGGAGCAGGAGCAGGUCCCAGUUGCAUACCGUUACAACAUUCACCCCGUGACCUCCCUCCGGACCAACGUGUUCCGUGCCAACCCGUUGCAGCAAACUUCCGAGAUCAAGUUCAACAAUAUGGGAGCUUCCUGGGUCGGGAAGUGGGAGCAGCUCCCAGAGUCCAAGAUUGUGGAUGUGCUGUGGGAGGCUGCAGGAUUAGUUCAAACGGGGGGUGGACUGAUUGAACUUGGUGGCUUCGUACAGUUGCAAGGCAACAAGAUUGUGCCGGUCAAGCCGAAGAUGUACCUGACGGCCAUGGUGAAAGUCCCACCCGAAUCUUGGGUCCAGCUGCCGUGA